AUGAUGAAUCAAACUUCAACUAAUUCAUCAAAUGAUAUGAUAACAACUCAACCUCAACAAACAAUUGGUAGUGAUCUAAUAUUAAAUCAAAUGGCUGUUUCAUCAUCAACGAACAAUUCUGAACAACACCAUACCGAUGUUCAACGAAAACAAUUUAUUCAAAAACAACUUGUUUUAUUAUUACAUGCAUAUAAAUGUCAACAACGUGAAAAUCAAACUAUUAAUGAUGAAACAAUACAUCCAAGUACAUGUACAUUACCACAUUGUGGUACUAUGAAAAAUGUUUUACAACAUAUGACACAAUGUAAUGAUCAUAAAACAUGUACUAUUCCUCAUUGUGUUACUUCACGUCAGAUUAUUUUACAUUGGAAACAAUGUAAUAAUUCUCAAUGUUCAAUUUGUCAACCAUUUAAAACACCAUCGACUUUAGCUGUAUUAAAUCAAACAAUAAAUAAUAUUAAUAUUAAUGCAACAGAUGUACCAAUAACAAUUAAUAAAGAAUGGCAAAGGCGUGUUACACAAGAAAUGCGUCAACAUCUUGUACAAAAAAUCAUAACGGCACUUAUACCAAUAAUUAAUACGGGUACUAGUCAUGAUAUACGUAUUAUUAAUUUAGCUAACUAUGCUCGACGUAUUGAAAAUGAAACGUUUGAAAUAGCAGAUAGUCUAGAAGAAUAUUUUUAUAAAUUAGCGGAAAAAAUUUAUAAACUACAAAAAGAAUUAGGAGAUCCUAUCAAUCAAAACAUGGAUUUUAAUUAA